AACUAACUAAUCCACAGCCUAAAGGGGAUAUAGAGAGUAAUUGGAGAGCAAAGGGUAUUGAAAAAAGAAAGAUGGCAGGAAGAGAGGUCCGCGAAUACACCAAUCUUACCGACCCUAAAGAUAAGAAAUGGGGGAAAGGAAAGGAGAAGAUAGAUGAUGAAGACACCACUUUCCAACGCAUGGUUGCCAAGAUGCAAGAGGUUGCAGGAGAGCGUGGAGGCUACCUUCAUGGGCGAGGCGCCUUGGACAGUGAUGAUCUACUCUAUCUCAAGGAGCAAAUGGAAGCUGAGGAGGAUGCAGAACACCUCCUACGUCGAACUGAGAAACGGGCAUUUGCUGUGUUUAAGAUAUCCUUUUAUGUUAUUGAAAGAGGGAGAGUACUGCUAUCCCUUGACUUGGCUGUUUGUUUUUUUGAUAAGUAUCCCUUGACUUGGCUGUUGUUCCAUGAUUCUGUUAAAGAGGAAGAAGACUUGCUUAUUUCUGUGUAG